UUCUAACGGCCGCCGGGAGCGCGGCAGCCUCGCCCGGGCGCGAGAGCCCGGGCCAAUAACUUCGGGCGGGUGUCCUGAGUGAUGGGGCCGGCCGGCCAAUGGCGUCCGAGAGGGGCGGGGCCUGGCGCUACGGGCUUCCUCUCCGGCUCGGUCUGCCCUCCCCCCGCGGGUUUCUUCGCUGCGAAGAAAAUGGCGGCGGCGCCGAGCGGAGACGAGGAGAGAUUACUCAAGGCAGCUAACAAAGCAACAAGAUUUUCAGGGACACAAAAACAGCACAGCCGUCCAUCAACAAGGGAAGAAAAAUCUGAGUACCAAGACUUGCAGGGUCUGAAGGACAAGUCCUCCAAAGCCAAAAAAGCCAAGAAGGAAAGAAAGGAGGAAAAGCAACAUGAGCCGGCCCAGCCUUCUGCAGAACCCGCUGAAGCAGGCAAGGCGGAGAUGUUGGAAGAAGCGGGGUCCGCUCCAGCUGCCCCCGAAGCCUCGGCCUCCCCCAAGCAGCGCCGCUCUGUCAUCCGGGACCGUGGCCCCAUGUACGACGACCCCACCCUGCCUGAAGGCUGGACCCGCAAGCUCAAGCAGAGGAAGGCCGGCCGCUCGGCGGGAAAGUACGACGUCUACCUUAUCAAUCCCCAGGGGAAAGCCUUCCGCUCCAAAGUUGAGCUCAUUGCCUACUUCGAGAAGGUGGGCGACACUUCUCUGGAUCCCAACGAUUUUGAUUUCACGGUAACUGGACGCGGGAGUCCCUCUCGGCGAGAGCAGAAGCCUCCCAAAAAACCCAAAGCCACGAAAGCAUCUGGCACGGGACGUGGCCGGGGCCGGCCAAAAGGCAGCGGCUCAGCCAAGCCGAAAAGAGCCAUUUCGGAAGGUGUCCAAGUGAAGCGGGUGAUGGAGAAGAGCCCAGGAAAGCUGCUGGUCAAGAUGCCUUUGCAGGCCUCCGCAGCAGGCGCAAAGGCAGAGGGUAUGGGCGGGGCGACCACCUCGGCACAGGUGAUGGUUACUAAGCGUCCCGGGCGCAAACGGAAACCCGAGUCCGACCCUCAGGCCGUGCCCAAGAAGCGGGGGCGCAAGCCAGGCAGCAUAGCCUUGGUGGCGGUAGCGGAAGCCAAAAAGAAAGCCGUCAAAGAGCCGGUGGCCCAGCCCGUGCAGGAGACCGUGCUGCCCAUCAAGAAGCGCAAGACUCGUGAGACCGUCACCAUCGAGCUGCCCAAGCCGGCCCCGCCUCCCCCGAGCAAUGCCGGCGAGCGGAGCCCUAAGGGACAGCGAACAGCUGCCAAAAGCCCUGGGCGCCGCAGCAAGGAGAGUAGCCCAAAGGGGCAGGGUGGCAACACCGUGCCAACCUCGGCCUCUUCCUCCGCCCUCGGCAAGAAGGAUCAGCACCACCCCCCUCAUCAGCUGCCCCCGGAGCCUCAAGGCAGCCCCCCGUCUCAAUCCCCGGAGAGCCCCAAGGACAGCAAGAGCCUCCUCGCUGAAGCCCAGGACUUGAGCAGCAAGAGCUGCAAAGAAGAGAAGGCUCCCGAAAGCGACGGCUGCCCCAAGGAGCCCCCUAAGACUCAGCCCGGCGGCGCAGCAGUGCCCUACAAACACGAGCGCAAAGACACUGUGUCGUCCUCCGCGGCCAUGCCCCGGCCUACGAACAGGGACGAGGCUGUGGACACCAGGACGCCUGUCUCGGAGCGAGUCAGCUGACUGUGAGGGGGGGCCCAAGCGAGCCAGUUGAGCGCCAGAGGAAACAAAAGAGAGGGACAGGCACUCCCAGCCCCACACACCCCCAAUUGAAACUCCAGGCAACUGCCGGGUAGGACCCCCAACCGCCCACCCUUUCCCCGCAGUGCCCCUGCUUCCAAGCAGUCAGCU